CGGCCUUCUUUGACUGAAAGGAGUGUUAGCACUGGAACGGGGAGGCAGCAGGCAGGCAUUGAUAGCACUUAACGGGGAAGAGGCAAGUAGAAAGGGGGAGAGGUAGUACCACCGGCCUUUAUUCUGACUUUGAGAGGUAAGCUCUGGGGCCAAAAUUAAGACCAGCGAGUUUGAAGCGGAAAGGCGGAUUCGGUUUGCUAGACAUGGCGGAGGUUAGUGAGGUUUUGAUGUCGGUUCUGAACACAAUUCGGGUUCCGAGGCCCGGAGACCGUGUCCACAAAGACGAAUGCGCCUUGUCAUUUGCCUCACCGGAAAGUGAAGGUGGACUGUACGUCUGUAUGAACAGCUUUCUGGGGUUCGGUAGUCAGUAUGUGGAGCGACAUCACAAACGGACCGGCCAAAGAGCUUACCUCCACAUCACUCGGACUAGGAAAGCACAGAAGGAAGAUGAGAAUAACUCUGGCUCGGGUGACCCGCCAAAGAAGAAGCCCACAAGACUGGCCAUAGGAAUCGAGGGGGGCUUUGACGUGGAACAGGAGCAGUAUGAUGAGGAGGUGAAGGUGGUCUUGUUUCCGGACAGACAGGAGAUCACGGCUGAUGACCUCAACUCCAUGGCUGAUGUCUGUAAAGACCGGGUGUCCCAGUCCAUGGCAGGCGUGAUGGCGGCAGACUCAGUGUCUCACACCUUGCAAGUGCAGCAGUGGGAUGGCGAGGUGCGGCAGGAGUCCAGACACGCGGCCGAGCUCAAGCAGCUGGACAACGGCCUCAAGAUCCCCCCCAGUGGGUGGAAGUGCGAGGUAUGCGACCUGCAGGAGAAUCUGUGGAUGAAUCUGACUGACGGGAAGGUGAAUUGUGGCAGGAGGUACUUUGAUGGCUCCGGGGGCAACAACCAUGCCCUGCAGCACUUCCAGCAGACGGGCUACCCCCUAGCAGUCAAACUGGGCACAAUCACUCCAGACGGGGCAGAUGUGUAUUCGUAUGAUGAGGAUGACAUGGUCCUGGACCCCAAGCUCCCAGAGCACCUGUCUCACUUCGGCAUCGACAUGAUGACCAUGGAAAAGACGGAGCGGACCAUGACGGAGCUGGAGAUUGCGGUGAACCAGCGCGUGGGGGAGUGGGAGGUGAUCCAGGAGUCUGGGGCCACUCUGCGGCCCCUUUGGGGGCCCGGCCUCACGGGGAUGAAGAACCUGGGCAACAGCUGCUACCUCAACUCUGUCAUGCAAGUGCUCUUCACCGUGCCUGACUUCCAGACCAAGUACGUCUCCAGCAUUGACAAGAUUCUUGACGAGGCGCCAAGCGACCCCACCCAGGACUUCAAAACCCAAGUAGCAAAACUGGGCUAUGGUCUCCUGUCUGGAGAGUACUCCAAGCCAGCCCCCGACCCUAGUGAAGAGUCCAGCACUUCCUCCGAGCCACGGGGAGACCAAGUUGGUAUAGCACCACAGAUGUUCAAAGCACUUGUAGGCCGUGGUCACCCAGAGUUCUCCACCAACAGACAACAGGAUGCCCAGGAGUUCCUCCUGUACUUCAUUAACAUGGUCGAGAGGAAUUGUCGUUCAGGUAUGAAUCCCUCAGAGGCCUUCCGCUUCCUGGUAGAGGAGAGGAUCGUCUGCCAGCAGUCCCAGAAAGCCAAAUACACGCAGAGGGUGGACUACAUGGUCCAGCUGCCCGUGCCCAUGGACCAGGCCACUAACACAGAGGAGCUGGCAGAGGCUGAGCGUGCUCGUGAGGAGGCUGAGUCUUCGGGAGCUCCUGCUCCUCCUGCACCCCGGGCCUGCAUCCCCUUCUCCGCCUGCCUGGCCGCCUGGAGCGAACCAGAGACGCUCACCGACUUCUGGAGCUCCGCCGUGCAGGCCAAGACCACAGCCACCAAGACCACCCGAUUUGCCUCUUUCCCAGAUCACCUCGUCAUACAGAUCAAGAAGUUCACUUUCGGACUGGACUGGGUCCCCAAGAAACUGGAUGUGAGCAUCGACGUUCCCGACACGCUGGAACUGAGCGCGCUCCGUGGCGUGGGGCAGCAGCCGGGGGAGGAGCUCCUGCCCGAGGUGGCCCCGCCUCCUCUUAUGACCCCCGACGUGGAGGUCAAAGCCCCGGUGCUGGACGACUCGACGGUGUCUCAGCUGUGUGAGAUGGGUUUCCCCCUGGAGGCCUGCAGGAAGGCCGUCUACUACACCGGCAACACCGGCAUCGACGCCGCCAUGAAUUGGGUCAUGGGACACAUGGACGACCCAGAUUUCUCCGCCCCCCUGGUGCUGCCAGGUUGCAGCUCGGCCCCCGGCACAACGCCCACAGAGAGCGUGUCAGAGGAGCACCUGGCAACCAUCGUUUCCAUGGGAUUCAGUCGUGAGCAGGCAACAAAAGCACUUAGGGCCACGAGUAAUGUUCUGGAGAGGGCUGUGGAUUGGAUAUUCUCGCACCUGGACGACCUGGAGUCCAUGGAGGUGUCGGAGGGCGGUCGCUCUGCAGGGGACAGCGAGGCCAGCAGGGAGCCGCCCCCAGGCCCCCGCGUACGCGACGGACAAGGAAAGUACGAGCUGUUUGCCUUCAUCAGCCACAUGGGCACAAGCACAAUGUGCGGCCACUACGUCUGCCACAUCAAGAAGGACCAACAAUGGGUUAUAUUCAACGAUCAGAAAGUGUGUGCCUCUGAGAAGCCCCCCAAGGACCUGGGCUACUUGUAUUUCUACAGGAGGGUUACUGACUAGAGGCAUCUGGGCAGGGUGGGCACUCACAUGCAUUCACGCACGCACACACACACAUUCACACACACAAGAACACAAACUUACUUCUGCAUUACCUGGAGGGAAUUCAAAGAUGCACUCUGACCAACUUCUAUAACUGCAACCCAAUUGAACUCUCUCACAUGUGUCCUCUGUGGGGUGGGGGGGCAGUAGCAGAGAGGAGGGGGGGGCUGCUUGACAGAUGAUUGGGUUGUUUGCAUGUCGCUUAAACACAUGCAAGAAAGAAUGUUAAGGGGGGCGGGGGGAUGAGGGGAUGGGGUUUUCAUUCUCUCUAAAGUUUACGUUUACCCAACUUCUGUCUCCUCCGCCCCCUUUUCUCCCCCACGCAGCACUCCCUCUUCCUCCUCAUACUCAACUUCUGAUUGGAUAGCAGCUAGUGUGAUGUCAUCGCUUCUGUAGCCAGGCACCCCCCACUCCCCAACCCCCGUCCUCUACCUGUUCCAUAACGAGUUUCUGAUGAACUGAUUGACAAGAGAACAUCCAAAUCAAUUAAAACAAACAAAAGAAAACGUGCAAAAAAGUGAAGGGUUCUAUAUGGAAAAAAAAGAAUUUAAAAAUAAUAAAAAUGUAAAUGAAAACCAAAUUGGUUGUUCUUUCAGAUGCAGUGAGUGUUUUUUUUUAUUUGCAAUCAAUUCUGUGUGUUCUAUAUGCUCUGACAAAUAAAAAUGUCACUUUGUUUCUUCUGA